AUGCGAACUCUGCUUCAUUUGAAGAAGAAACACAGAGACUCUCCUUUCUGGAAUGCUUGGAUUUUCCCGUCACGUGAUCGUGAUAUUGCCCCUUCUGAGCACCUGGAGACGACUGUCCCCAGUUCUAGCGAAUCAACAACGGACAAUGUGUCACAUACCAGGAGUGCUGCCACCUGCCAUACCAGCGUCCGACCGCAGAUCUCAACGACGGGUCCAUCCCGGGGUGCAAACGAAAACUCUUCUCUCUCUGGUGACCACGACAAGCUGAAUCUUAGCGAUUCAGACACUUCACCUCAAAUUACUCCCAUCUCUGUGACUAUGACGGACACAACUGGCCAAACGGAGAUAGAAAAUGAUUUGCAGCCAGGUUCGCAGCCGAUUCGGCAAGGAUCCGAGGCCACACCAGCGAAACAAGGCCAGACGACCACGCAACCACACCCAUAUUACAAACGCCACCCCCCUCCUGAUUUCAAUCUCAGAAGAGAUUCGAUUAAGCUGGGCCGGAGCGUCUGGGACAAAAACUACUCAGCCGUGCACGAGGGAAUAUUAUAUCGUAAUGGCAGGGAUCUCAAGGUCGCCGUCAAGAUCCCCAAAUCCUACGGAAACUCUCACGGGGCCGACGGCGAGCCUCAUCGCCUUAUGCGCGAGUUCUCCGGUACGCUUGCUGUGCGGCAUGAGAAUGUUAUAGAGGUCUAUGGCAUUUGCGAAACUCUAGGGGAUCAUGGAGCAUUGGUUACGCCGUGGUACGACGAAAAUCUGCGAAAAUAUCUCAGGUCAGAGCGUUUCGCAGUCGAAAGAACUGAUCUGCUGCUGGGGAUUGUGAAAGGAGUCGUGCAUAUGCACUCUUGUGGAUUCGCUCAUGGGGACCUCAAACCCGAGAAUGUCCUCAUCAGCGGCGAUAAGGCUCCCAAACUUUGUGACCUUGGACUUGCGGAAUACUACGGCGGCAAUCCCAACCUGAUGAAUGACGAACUUACGAAUUUCGCCCGUGGAGUGGCAGCACAGCUCAAUACUACCACUCACCUCGGUUCAGACCGAUAUAUAGCACCAGAGUUGAUCUGCCACCGUGACAUAGGAGCGGCACCACCAAAACGCACAAAGGAGAGUGACGUUUGGGCCAUAGGUUGUCUAAUGCUAGAUGUGAGCCCCUUUUAUCCUCUUAUGCAUAUCAAGGGUUAA